GCACGUGACUUUGGCGUAGGUGAUGACGACGUGAUGUGUGCGAAUGGCGGUUAGUGGCCGCAGUGUUGUGUGGUGCCGGGUGUACGGAUGGCCUGUGAGGCUAGCUGCUGGUGUCUUGUUGCUUUUCCAGUCGAGCGUGGCUGGUGAUAGCGGGCCUUCUUUAAAUGAUCUAUUUCCAUACCAUCCUUUGGAGCAUGGAUCUCCACAUACUCACAGAUAUGUUAGAGAUUGUCAACCUAUAAUUUUUGGAAACGUGACACAUGAAACCUGGCCUGCUAAUAAAUCUACCAACCUUCCUGUAGCUAAAACUGAUUUAUUUGUUUCAAAUUUUCCAAUUGAUGGAGGAAAGCUGAAAGCUGUCACUGGCCACCUCACUUUUGUGAAUAAUCCAUUGAAAACUGUCUCCGUUUUGGAACCAUUAAAAUCGGGUGGAUGCAGUCAGUCUUACAGAGCAACUGUACAGGAAACUAUAAAAUCCAAAAAGUGUUUGGUAGCUCAGAAUGGUGGAUUUUUUGACACUGACACAGGACGUUGCUUGGGUGCAGUUGUGAGUGAUGGAAAAUUGGUACAAGAUGGAAAGGGAAUUCAAAACGCUCAAUUUGGGAUUAAGAAGGAUGGCACGUUGGUAUUUGGAUAUCUAUCAGAAGAGGAUGUCACGGAUAAGGAAAACCCGUUUGUUCAGCUAGUCACUGGAGUAAUAUGGCUUUUGCGAAAUGGCACUAUUUAUGUUAAUGAGAGCCAAUCAGCUGAGUGCUCGGAGACACAGGAAACAGGAUCUUUUGAAAAAUUUGUCAAUGUGAUGUCUGCACGAACUGCUGUAGGACAUGAUAAAUAUGGAAGGCUUGUUUUGUUGCAAAUAGAUGGACAAACUGACGUUAGAGGGCUGAGUCUGUGGGAGGUUGCAGGAUUUUUAAAGGACCAUGGAGUUAUUAAUGCUAUUAAUUUGGAUGGAGGAGGGUCAGCUACUUUGGUCCUUAAUGGAUCUCUUGCAAACUAUCCAUCAGAUCACUGUUCACCUGACCCGAUGUGGCGCUGCCCUCGGUCUGUUUCCACAGUCGUGUGUGUUCAUGAACCUGAAUGUGCACCUCCAGACUGCAGUGGCCAUGGCGAUUGUUUACUUGGAGAUUGUUACUGUACAGGCUUUUGGUCUGGCCCAGCUUGUGACCACCUCAACUGUGGGCCCUCAAAUUGUUCUCAACAUGGAAUCUGUUCUGAGCAUGGGUGCCUUUGUGAUGCUGGGUGGAUGGGACUCAAUUGUAGUGAUGUAUGCCCUGAUCAAUUCUACGGAUAUGGUUGUAGCCAAAAAUGUCACUGCAUAAAUGGUGGGGUUUGUGAUCCUAUACAUGGUACUUGUACCUGUCCGUCUGGUUAUCAUGGAGACUUCUGUGAACAAGUGUGUCCCAUGGGGUGGUAUGGAGUGAGGUGUCAACAAGCAUGUCAUUGUCCAAAGAUUUGCUCCUGCCAUCCAGUGACUGGAAGUUGUAACAUUACACAGGACUCCGAGUUUAAUAACACCUUACAUAGAGUGCAUCAGUGCCACAUAUCACAGUUGUCUGAAAUGUGGAAGAACCAGCAUGAAGAGGAUGAACACUUAGUUCAAGAGAAAACUUGGAUAAUCAUAUUGAUCAGCCUUCUCAUCCUUUUAAUCCUGAGCAUAGCAGGAAACCUUUUUCAAUAUUGUCAAAAAAAUGUUUGUUCUGGAUUCCGCAGUGACUACUCCUAUCAACGAUUGAAUGCAUCUAAUGGACAAUUAACUUUUAUGGACUUGCCUGAAAUUAUCCCAUUGAAACAGGCUAAUUCAUCAACUGAAGAAGACAAAAACUCAGAAACUAUGAAUUUUUAACAACUUUAUUGCUGCCUUGUUUUAAUUCUAACAAAGCAGCUGAAUUUGUUUUGAAUGAGGAGAACCUAGAUGGGUUUCCUGUGAACUGUUUCUACGGCUAGUUGUCACGUGGACAUCCUCAGGAAUUGCAACGCUGUGAAAGAAUGUACUAUUGCAUGUGAGAAAUUAACUUGAAAUAACAUCAAACACACCAGAAUUCAAAUUUCCAAUCAUAAAAUCUGAAGAUAGAUUUUCUGCAAUAGGUUUUCCUUUCAUAUCUUUUAUUUUGUUCUCUAAUUUUUGUUUUGUGUGACCACUGCAAGCGCACAAACUAGAUUUAUAUUCCAUAAACUUUAAAGAUUUGAUUCAAGUUUUCAAAAUAAUAAGGUGAAUUGUUCAGAUUCAUUGGCAGAAACUAGUUGUGCUGAUUGAGACAUCCCCAACAAGGAGAGCAUAGCCUAAAAUUUUGAACUAGACUGUUCAUAUCAUAGAGUCCCUAAGGAAACAGGCCAUUCAGCCCAACAAGUCCACAAUGCCCCUCUGAAGACCAUUCCACCCAGACCCAUUCCCCUGCAUUUCCCAUGUCUAACCUAAACAUCCCUGGACACUAUGGAGAAUUCAGCAUCGCCAGCCCACCUACUCUGGACAUCUUUGGACUGACUGAGGAAAACCAAGCAUCCGGAGGAAACCCAUGUGGACAUGGGGAGAAUGUGCAGACUCCACACAGUCACUUGAGGGUGGAAUCAAACCUGCGUCCCCAGCACUGUGAGGCUGAGCCACUGGGCUGCCCCUGGCUUGCAGGUGAAGUUAAGAAACAUUUCCCCAUGCCAUGAUCGAGGUUUGGAAUUCUUACUUACAAAUGAAUAUAAGGUCAAUUGUUAAAUUUAAGUCUGAAUUGAUGUUUGUUAAGAAUAGGAUACAGGGAAUUUGUGGAUACAUGGAGUUAGGUCGUAGAUUAGCCUUUGAUUUCACUGGAACAGGUUAAAAGGGAUUCACUGACUUACUCCUCUUCAGGUGUUCUUAAUAAAUCGUGGGUAUUUAGAAAUUAAUGAAGUGCUUUACCUGCUCGAUCAGUACUGUACUUUUGACAUGGUGAUCAGAAUUAAACGUAUGGUUUGGUUACUGCUCAUGCAUCUCAGCUGUUGCAUGCAUCCCAAUUCUGUUUGCCAAACUGGUGGUUUAGGUAAAUUCUAUAUCAAUAAUGCUUCAUCUCAAAAAACAGCUAAAUUCCCAAUUGGUGUAUUUACUGUAUAUUUAUUGCAGACAUUUAAGUAUAAACUCUUUUUCUGUACUGCCAAGCAGCUAUGUAUUCUUCUUUUGAAAAUCUGUUCUUAGAAUGCACUAAGUGGUGUCUUGACUUUUUCCAGCAGUUUGAGGCACCUUAAAACUGAUCAGUUGGUAUCAAUCUCAGAACUCUGUCAGAAUAUCACUGUCUAGAAUAAACAAGAUGCAAGGCUCUUGCUUUGCCCCCAGAUGUUUACACUGUUCUUUACAAUUCACAAGUCCUUUGCACUUAAUAUUCUUAGCCAAUGUAGUAGUACAAUAAAAUCAAUGUCUAUGAUUGUAUAACCUUUUCUCGCAUUCAGCUUUGAAAACGUUUUAUUUGUCAAUGUGCAUUCCUGCAUUAUGUAGCAUUCUCAGCAGAGAUAAUAUCUGGUUCCCAAGAUUCCAUCAGUUCUGCUCUGAAAACGCUCAUAAUGGAGUAAAUGCAAACUAGCUAAGGUGACUGUGUUUGUCAUUUUGCAAAGAAUCACCUCAUCAGCUCUUUGGAUCAUGACUGCAUGAGAUUAACAGUUAUACACACAAUCAUGAACACCACUUCAAAUCCUAUCAUUUUGUGGCUAAUGGAAGAUUGAGAAUGUCAAAUACUUAAACUGCCAUUUAAAUCUUUCUCCAGAUGCCAAUGAAGCUUGUCUUAAAUUUUGCCUUAAUUGAGAUUAAGCUGAAAUCAUGGAGCCAUUUUUUGCUAAUGAGUCAGUUUUGGGGAGCAGAAUCUACCAACACUGUACAAAACUUGUGCAGUAAUCAGGUAGAGAGGGAGCAUAGAUUUGAAGUGUCAAAUUAACAAUGUAUGGGUUGAAGAGAUGUUGCCCUUCUAUCAGAUUAUGAUAGACAAAGUUCUCCUCAUGUCAAUCUGUAUUUCGUGAUGCACUUUAACAUUGUUCUUAGUGGGAUUUAUCAGGUUAUUUGUUUUAUUUUUAAAAUGUUGAGAUUUUCAUCUGACU